ACCAAAGCACGCUUUGAAAUCAGUCCAACCUUCACACCAAUAAUACAAUGUCGCGCUCUGUGCUCUUCUCUCACAAACGCUCCCUCCCUGCUGCGCCAGACUGAGCCAUCAUUCACAAUGGUCCAUACCAACAUAAAACACUUCGUCCUCGUCCUCUCCGGCAAAGGCGGCGUCGGCAAAUCCAGCAUCACAACCCAGCUCGCCCUGACCCUCUCCCUCCAAGGUCACACCGUCGGCGUCCUCGAUAUCGACCUCACCGGCCCUUCCAUACCGCGCUUCUUCGGCAUUGAAGAGUCCAAAGUACGCCAGGCCCCAGGUGGAUGGAUACCCGUGCCCGUCCACGACGCACAAACGCUCCCCACAGCGGACGGGGAAACACACAUAGGAGCGCUGUCGUGCAUGUCUCUUGGCUUCAUCCUGGCCUCGAGGAAGGAUGCCGUGAUUUGGCGGGGGCCUAAGAAGACGGCGAUGGUGAAGCAGUUCCUUACCGAUGUGCUGUGGCCUCCGCUGGAUUACUUGCUCAUCGACACUCCGCCCGGAACCUCUGACGAACACAUCUCCCUUAUUGAGAACCUGCUCCGGCAGACGAAUGAGCCGGGGGCGCCACCGAAUCAACUCUCCGGUGCGGUGGUGGUGACGACGCCUCAGGCGAUUGCGAUAUCGGAUGUGAAGAAGGAGUUGAAUUUCUGCAAGAAGACGGGUAUACGGGUAUUGGGGGUCGUGGAGAACAUGGCUGGAUUCGUGUGUCCGAAUUGCAGCGAGUGCACGAAUGUGUUUAGCAAGGGAGGAGGGGAGGUCAUGGCGAAUGAGUUUGGAGUGCCGUUCUUGGGGAGUGUUCCUAUUGAUCCUGCUUUUGUGCAGCUUAUUGAAGAGGGUACGCGGCCGGUGUAUCCUAGAGGGACUGUUGUGGGAGGGAAAGAAUUAGGUGAAGGCGGACAAGCAUCAGACACUUCGGGGCUGCUUGUGGACAAGUACCGGAGCUGUUCAUUGUGCCCGUUAUUUGAUGGCAUAGUGUCAAGGGUGGUCGCUGACAUACAGAGUCGAGACGCCUGAUAUAAUCCUAUAGCUUCUGCUAACCAAUUGAAGAUACCCUAUUGCCUAGCGUCCGCAUAUCCAACGCGGGCUGCUAGUAUGAAAAACCACCACAUAUGACCACUCGCUUUCGCUCCUGCUUUAC